UUUACUCGAUUUCAGUUUAUUUUCUUUUCUGUUAUUUUGACGGCAGGUAUUGUCUUUCAGAUAAAGGAAGAAUAUCAUAACAUUAUUAUUAACAUACUUUUAUGUGAGAUUAUAUAAAAUUGUCUAUUUAUAGCUGACUCCAUUAAUAGUAUUAAAAUGUACUUCAGACCAUCUUGUCAAGGUGUUGUCUUCCGUAUCAUUCUAUACAAUCUUCGCAAUAAAGUACAUCUCAUUCCGUUUUAACAUUAAAGUUGUAAGUUGAUGGCUAAUCCGUUAAAUAGGAUUAACAUGUGUCUGUCAAAUAGAGUUUUAUAGCAAAAAUGUUUUUGUUGAUAUGUACAAAAAUGCUAUAAAAAGUUUAUAAAAUGACAGGUAAAAAAUUUAUUGAUGGAUCUUCAACAUGCAUUUAAUAAGUUAAAGGAUGAAAACGAAGUCGCUAUUGUAGAGAAGUACAGUUUUAUUGGGAAACGUUACACAAUAGUACUCACAGCAUUUGGAAUUUGUGCAAUAAGUAUUUAUAUUUUAAUUCAAUUUUGGUCGACAAUAAUUGCUUUUUUUGUCGUAUCAAUGAAUGUGUCUCAAUCAUAUCAAUUACUUAUUACGACGGAGUAUUUCAUUGAUCAAGAAAAAUAUUUCUAUCUGAUUGUAUUGCAUAUUUCAUCAACAUUUUGCAUCGGAAUAAUUAUAAUGGUGGGAAUAGGCACAAUAUUUAUUACGUAUCUUCAACAUACAUAUGGAAUGUUUAGAAUUGCUAGUUAUCGUAUCGAGCAUGCAAUAAGCAUCAACAUUUUACAAAAUAUUACACUAAAAAAUAAGAUUUUAAUGACUGAGGGCAUAGCUUAUGGCGUUGAUUUUCUCGGACAAGCUAUGAAAUUGUCUAAGCAAAUGCUGUCAACGUUUGAGAUAAUGUUUUUUGGUUUAAUAAUAUGUGGAGUGUUUUGCUUGAGCGUUAACCUAUUUCAAAUGGCAUCUCCUAAAAAUACUUUUGAGGAAAUGUGUUUCCCGUUUAUUUAUGUAUUUCUCACUGUCGUGUAUAUGUUUGUAUCCAACUAUGUCGGGCAGGAUGUAGUGGAUCACAAUAAUCGCAUAUUUUCUACCGCGUACAACGUACAGUGGUACAAAGCCCCAAUACAUGUACAGAAGAUGAUACUAUUCUUAUUACAAAGAGAAACCAAAGAAUUUACUUUGAAUGUUGGUCGAUUAUUCAAUGCAUCUAUGGAAUGUUUUGCUACGCUUGUUAAGACCUCGAUAUCUUACUUUACUGUAAUAUAUUCUACGCGAUGAGGAAGCAAUGAGUUUAAUAAAGGUAUGGUAACAUAAUUAAUAGAAAAGCAACAAUAUUCAUGCUUAGAAAGUAGAAGAUUAAUUUUUUUGAAAAUACAAUUCAGCUAGAUAAAAGUUGCUGAAUGUGUAUCUGUCACUGAAAUCAUACUUUAUCAAAUAUAUAUGUUUACAUACUUAUAUGUUUGCUUAAUAUAAGCAACAUUUAACGACAAAAUUAUAAAAUAAAUGAGAUUAGUAAUAUAGACAAAAAUUUAACAGGUUACAUUAUUUUGUAUGUGUUAGCAAAACUUUAAAAGAUAAGACACAAAUAGUUUUUAAUUAAUUUAUGUAGCCGAUAAUAAUUAUGCACUUUUAUACUAAAGUGUCAUAUUUUUAUAAAAACGGUGUUAAAGAAAUAAAUUGUAGAAUAUUUUAUAUCGAUUACAUGUGUACAUUUUUAAUAAAUAUAAAAAUUAAAUCAAUA